UUUUCUUUCAGUUAGUUGGCAUUUGGCCUACUUGUCAAAUUCUCAUUCAUUGUUCCAUUUCAUUUGUUUAUUUGAAGUUCUAAAUUUAAACAAAUGUAGUUUAAAGGUUUUACAUACGUGAAUUCAUAUGUUUUGUUUAAUAUUUAAAUAUUAAUCGUUUCUUAUUAUUUAGAUAUGCUUUAGUUACUCGUAAAAAUGCCUAGCAUAAGAAAAUAUCGACGUGACACAACCGAAGUGAGCUGUUGUUUAAAAUACGUGAUUUUCGGUGUUAAUGUACUAUUCUGGUUCCUUGGCCUCAUUGUACUGGCCGUCGGCGUGUGGGCUUGGACUGAGAAGGAUACAUUCAAUAAUCUGUCACGCCUGACUAAUAUUGCUUUGGACCCAGCGUUCAUUUUAAUAUGUGUUGGUACAAUAACAUUUAUAAUUGGAUUCACGGGAUGUGUGGGCGCCUUGCGUGAGAACACGUGUCUCUUGGCCUGUUAUGCAGUGUUCCUCGCACUUCUUCUGUUGGCAGAGAUGACAGCUGGAAUACUGUUCUUUGUGUUUAAAGACUGGAUAAAACAACAAGCUACAAGUGGAUUCCAGACGUUCAUCACUCACUAUAGAGAAGAUCCGGACCAGCAGAAUUUGAUUGAUUGGAUACAAGAAGAUUGGCUCCAAUGCUGCGGUGUAGAAGGGCCGCGCGACUGGGACCGCAACGCGUACUUCAACUGCUCGAGCGGCGCGGUCGGCUCGCGCGAGGCGUGCGGCGUGCCCUUCAGCUGCUGCCGCAACAAGCCGCAGGACAUCAUCCGCAACAAGCAGUGCGGGUACGACGUCAGGAAACCCACUUAUCCAAGUGAGCGAGUGAUCCACGAGCGCGGAUGCUUGGUCGCGGCUGAGGACUGGCUGCAGAGGAAUUUCGCGCCCGUAGCGGCCAUGGUGCUCGGCCCACUUGCACUUAAGAGUUUUGACAUAGCUAAGAUAAUAUAUGACAAGGGUUGCCUAGAGGCCGCUGAAGAGUGGUUCGACCGUAAUCUGUUGAUAGUAGCCACGUCCGCUGUUUGUACCGCUUUUGCACAAAUCCUCGGAAUAUGUUUCGCGCAAAACCUGCGAGCGGACAUCUUCGCUCAGAAGGCCAAGUGGCACUGACAAUCAGCCUCUCCUGCGGCGGUGUGAUGCCCCCCCGCGCGCACCCGCGCCCCCCGCACGCUCUACCCCACCACCGCGCCCGCCUGCUGACCAAUACCGACCGAUUGUAUUAUUUACUUCAAUAAUCAAUAGUAUUCAAUGAUGACAAUAUACUAUUAUAUUAUGUAAAUGGUCCCGCAAAUUAUAAAAACCGCGGCUGGAAAACAAUAUAAUCGAAUAUGUUUCUUUUUGUAUAAAAAUAAUUCGAAAUAUACAUGUUGUUACAUAUUAGUAUUGUAUAAUAUAUUAUGCAGGACUGUUCUAAGUUCUUGCAGUGGUUAAAAAAUUGAUGUUGUCCUAAAUAUCCUUGAAUUCCCUUAAAUAGUUAUUUUUUAUGCGUGGAAGAUGUUUAUUGGAUGUUGUGACACAAGAAUCAUUCCUUAUAAACGUAGAUUUUUUUUGUACUUAAUUUUUGAAGUAACAAUAAAGCUGCCGUUCAAACUGCCGUAAGGACUUUUUAUAGUUCAGUAUUGCUAAAUUAUUAUUUUUUUUAAUUCCACAUUGGUUAAUGUCAGCUCUAAAUUUGUGUGAAAAUCGUGAAGUCUUCACUGAUUUUUGACGUAUAAAAUACAUUAUUUUAUUAUUUCUAUCUGUCACCUCACCAAUUCACACACUAUAUAAUCUUUGAAAAGAAAUAUGUGGUAAAAAGUGACUGUAAAUACAGUGGCGUACCGUGCCUUGGAAGGGCCCUGUAUCAAAAUUAGUUCGGGUCCACAAAUGGGGUAACGAAUUCAAACAAACAAAAAACUUCAUAUUUAACUUUUAUCAUUUCUGAAGUGAAAACUAUUGAUUUUUUUUCCGGGAAGCACCAGAUUAUGUAAGAUUGUGGAUUACAGUUUACUAAUUUUUGCUUACACACCUUUGUAAAUACAUCUUUCUUUCAUUCUUAGAUUGAUGGAGAAACGGAGUGUAAACUAUUUUUAAAGUAAUUCCUUGGACUUCUCUGCCACACGAUGGUUGAUGAUUCACCCGUAUGGUGAUUUCAUGGAACGCUAAGAUAUUUCUCUCACACAUCACACAUUGUAUGAUUAAUAUUUGAUGUUUCAAGUAAAAAUAAUGAAGAUAUGACAUUAAUUUAUAGUGAAAAAUGCCUGUACAAAUUUAAAGAGGGAUAAACAAAAUAAUAGCUAAUUCUUCCACGCAUAACAUCAGUAUCGGAAUCUAAUUUGUUAGUAUUAAUACGUGUUUUCUCGUAAUCUCAAUCAUCUUGCUAUCCCUGUGGCUUCCAUAAAAUUAAGAUCUGAAAGUCUGUUUCUAUUGUCUGUCCGAAAUUUCUUAUGCCUUGGAGAAUUCUUGAAACCCCUAAAGUGUCUUUGGUACGUGACUUUAACUCAAUCGUUGUUAGAAUUAUCCAAUGUGUAAAUAAAUGAUGUCAUUGACUUCAAUAAUAUGAAUGUUUGAUGUCCAAAACAAGUGAUUAAUCAGCAAUUAUACUGUGUCCAAAGUUAUAAGAAGUAAUAAAAGAAAAGUCAUCUAGAAAUGAUGUGAAGUUAUAACCCCUUGUCAGUCACUUGCAAUAGUUUUACUACAUUUAACUUUUAUAACUACACUUGCAACUGAUACUUAUUAGAUGCUUUUGCACUCAAGGAAUAAGUCAAGUAUAAUAAGAAAUAAAGUUGAUAAAUCAUUAUUUUAAUUAUAAUUGAACGAUUCAAACUCUGCAAAAUAUAAAAUAAAAAAGACUUUCGAAAAUUAAAAGUGGAAUCUAUCAUUUUACAUAUACAUUUUGUACAAAAAUGCCAUAUAAAAUAAAAGUUGCAAGUAAAAGAAACGAAAAUAAUUAUCAAUCAAAUUAAUAUAGAUAUCAAAUAUUCAUUUUAUUUAAGUCCAGAUGCAUCGCUGUGUGUGUUCAAUUAAUGAUGUCCAAAAAAGCCUUAAAACGGGAGCUGUGAGAUGAAUUUAGUAUUGGAAUUAAAGUAUUAUAGAUCUAUAUGUAUAUACAACAACUUGUUAACCUAGUUGUAGUAUUGCUACCUACCUUUGAGAUUUGAAUAUAAAAUAUAACACAUUGAAACUAUAUAUAUAUAUGUAUAUAUCUAAAGCUAUAUAUUGUGUGCAACACAUAAGGAAUUGUCGCAAUAGACAUUUACUAACGUAAAGUAUUCAAUAUAUAUUUGCAAGAUAAGGAAAUAAUACUCUGAACUACUCAAUUUUUAUAAAAUAUUUGUAUGUAAUAAGUUUCGUUUCACUGUUUUUAUGGGGUAAAUUUUAUACGGUUUGAGCGUUGUUGAUAGGGACGUGUGAAAUGCUGCAGGAGAAUAAUGGUCGACAAUAUUGUUAGAUUUAGACUUGACUUACUCUAGAAUCUAUUUCUCUAACCAAAACUUACUGUCCGAUUGGUUAUUUGAUUUAAAAGGGACCCUUUAUCUUUGAAUCUCAGUUUGGCUUGUAAUCUUUUAGCCGUCUUAGAAGUUGGACAACUUAUUGCCUAAAGGCAGAAUUAUAUUUGUCUGACGUGUUGUGUCGUGACGUAUCAGAACAGAAUCGGUAUCAUACAUUUCGUAUGGCAAAGUCAUCACGACAUGUCACAACACGUAAGUUUCACACUAAUUACGUGUUGUGACAUGUCGUGAUGACUUCUGAUGUGUCGCAUACAAAAUGACAGACAAAUAUAAAUCCGCCUUUACACAUAGCUCAAAAAUAAAGCUGUUCUUUCAUAACACAUAUCGGAAGACAGCAAACAUAUUAUAAACAUCAAAAGUCAUACUUAUUAAAACAUCCCCAGACUUCAAUCAUGGAAGAAAUUUACUUUUUUGAAGGAUGGAGGAUUGAAAAUUUACUUGCAAAAUGUUGCUAAAUUUUGGGCAGAUGCAUCUUGAAAGCUUUACAUAUGUUGUAAUUACGAAAAUUACUUUAAUUUUUCUCAGCAUUUAAGGUCAUUUGAAUGACAAGUUCCGUCCUACAACUUUUUUCGGCCAGUGAGUUUUGGGAAAAUUUUCGACGCUUUAUUAUGAAAAUCGUUGUAUGCCAUUUUGCCAUUCAUUCAAGCGUCGGACACAAUAUGUGUCGGAUUUUGUUUACUUAUCUGUGUUUAUUAGUAAUAUUGCCGUUUCAUAAAAUUUCAAGGCUCGUUUGGUUAAAUAUAAUAUGGUAUAUUUUAAUCAAACGGGCCUUGAAAUUUUAAAAAACUAAGCUUGUUAUGAAAAACAAAACUACGUAGUUAUUUGUUACUUUUCUUAUUCACACAAUAAAAUGGGUAAAAUUUAUGCGUUUCCAGGUUUAAAAUUUGCGUUUAUGCUUCCUAUAUUUGCGUUUUUGUAUGUACGAAACGCCAUGUUUGAUCGUGUGAGAAGUAAACUUAUAAACGCACCGUUGUGUCCGACGCUUUACAACGAUUUAUAUUAAUAUUAAGUAUAAUAAUUAUUAUUAGGUUAUUAUAGUGAUUAGGAAAAUACUCAAUUAGUCCUUUUUGAAUAUUUUUAUUUAAUAAUUCAAUAAAUUUAUAUCUAUGAUAAUAGUUACAUAAUAAUUUCUUAUUAUUAAUUGUUGGAGCACAAAAUUUAUUUUAUUUGAGAUUCUAUGAAAUUAUAAUUAUUUGUAAUGCUAAAUUUGUUUUAUAUUAACGUGCUAAAGUAUGUUUUUUUAACUUAAUCAUUAAGUAUGAUAAUGUAAAACAAUAAUGUUUGUUAAGAAAUGAAUCCUCAUUGUAACAAAUAAGCUAUUUAAACUAUUUGGUAAAGCCUUAUCUCACUACUAUCUCAAUAAUCUCAUUUAGGGUGCUUUCAAAUUAACCGUCAUGUGCCUUGACUUGACAGCACAGUACUAUCCGUAUGUCAAUGCGCCAUUGUAGCACGAGUGUAACAAUCGCUAAUUACGUGCAGUGGCAUACAAAACUUUUUCUACGACCAUGAUAAAAGACAUAAAAGUUUUGCAAAAGUAAAAGUAAGCGUGGCCACCUAGAUUUGUCUCUUAUAAGGAGGCCUGAAUUUUUGUAGCCAAUGAUAUAGAACAUCAUAGAUAUGGCCAUUUAAAGAUUAAAAAAAAAUGUAGCACGUAGGAAUGAAUAGCUUUAUGAUAUGGUUUGAGGUUUUAUAUCGAGUAGAUUACGAAAUAUGAGUAGCAAAACAUGUGUUAUUCAGUGUGGAACUACUAUGUAUGUGUUAAUCAGUUGGAACUACUAUGUCGAUUAGUUUGAAUGCACCACUACAUUUUAUAAAAUAAAAGUGCAACUUAUAAAAUAAUGAUACGAUUUUGUAAAAUAAGUGUUUUCCAUCUUUUGUAGAAAUCACCGCGUUUGCCUUACAUUCCUUUGCAAAUUCCUCUGACGCCAGGACAAUAAUGUUUCAAAUACUUAAAUUGAUUGAAGUGACCUGUUUAUGUCAUUCAAUUGAUGCACUCUCACUAGCGUUUACUGAGCCAAUAAAAUUGUAACGGUAGUGAUGUUUAUGAUCAAUCCAUUUAAGAAGAUGAUGGUACGUUGCUGUAGGUGUGAUUAAAGAUUUUAACCUUUAAAAAAAUAAUAAUAAUAUUAAUCAACGACAUAUGUUGUACCUACGGUACAUAGACUGAGCGAUAAUGAUGGUCACUGUCAAUCGAUCAGAUUAUGACAGUUUGUUAAAUAAUUUCACCCCGCUUAGCACUGGCAACAACUUUCGUGCGUGUUUAUAAGAAACGUAACUAUAGCCUAUACAAUAUAUAGAAAAACGAGUAUAAAGAAUAUUACGGUCGAAUUAAGAACACAUUUACCGAGUAAAAAUUAGGGAUAUAACAAAAAGAUUUUAAAGGUUCAGUGAACGCCAGUGGAUUAAAUCCAUUCCACGGAUAACACUGCCUUACAGUAUUUUAUAGCGACUGUUGAUUAGUAAUCUCAUUUUGUGCUAAUAAUAAGAUCAGCGGACGCCUUUUUUAUUUUAAAGCGCGAAAGCCUUGUAGUAUAGUAUAGUAUUGUACGCUCGAAAGCAUAAAUAGUUAAGUAUUAUUUUACAUCACAACUUAUGUAUAAGUAUUAAUAAUUUUACGCCUUAGCUUGUUUUUUAUAUACGCUAAUUUUAUAUUUUUUUUAAUUGAAAUUAAUAUAAUUUGCUUUUUUUUUACAAAAUAAUUAUUUAGAUUUUAGACGGAUACACAUGUCCACGUAUGUGCUAUUUUGAAUCACGAGUCAUUAGUUCAAUCUAUAAAGAUGGAGCUAAGAGUCAACAAAUGAUUGAUCGACCUAAUGUGAAUCCACCUUUAACUAGUAUUAUAUAUUUUUUGGUUUACUCAAAUUUAGUCACUGGCUGGCUUUAAACAAUAUUUUUUGCUUUAACAUUGGCAAUUUUUUUUAUUAAAAUACAAUAAUUCUUUAAGAUAUAAAAUUUUGUAUAAUUAAUAUUUUAUUUAGGCUUUGACUUUUUUACAUAUUCGGUUUGAAAAUGCCAUGUAUUUAGCAUAUUGACAAUAUUUAUAGGGUAGCUAGAAAUUAAUUUUAUUUGUAGUGCAAGUAUUUAAAAUGACAAGAUUUAUAAUAAUAAUAUUUUUUACUUAAAUAAAUUAUUAUUAUUUGCAAAACUUGUAUUUUCAUUUAUUAUCCCAAUACUCUGCGGAUCGGAUUCGAACCUACACCCUCCGGAAUCAGAGGCAGAGGUCAUAUCCACUGGGCUAUCACGGCUCAUCAUAAUAUACUAUCUACCUAUUUGUUUCUACAGCCUCUAGCGUCUCUCCAUAUAGAAGAGGGGAUCUGCAGUUAGGACCAUCACACUGCUCCAAUGCAGGCGGCGGUAAUUGCCCGUAGGAUAAAAACGUUUGACUAUAAUAACUAUAAUGUAAUCUAUACUUAUAAUAAAUAUGUAGAGAGGUCAAUUCUGUACAUGAGAUAAUUAUAUUUCCAAAAUAACUAUCAGUUGUUAGUGAUCGAUACUGAUGCCAAAAAUGCAAUCACUAAAUUUUUCGUCUGUCUGUCUGUAUGUUCUAUAAGAAUCAAAAAGUAUUCGACGGAUUUUAACGAAACUUAGUACAAUUAUUUAUUCUUCAUACUCCUGAGCAGGUUAUAGUUUACUUUUCGUCACGCUACGAUCAAUAGGAGCAGGGUAGUGAAGGAAAACGUUGGGAAAACGGGAGAAAUUACAGCGAUACUUGUACGAUGUAAGAGCUGGAUUAAAGAGGUCUAAGGGCGGACGAAGUCGCGGGCGUCCGCUAGUUGAAGGACCGGAACUGACGGCUUAGCUGCCUUUUCCGAUGUGGGGUCGCCAUUCCAGCACCUUGAGACCCCAACGUCCAUUGGCUCUUCGAACUAUGUGGCCUGCCAUUGCCGCUUCAGUUUCGCAGCUAUUGUCAGUGACUUUGGUUUGUCUGCGGAUCUCCUUAUUUCUGAUUCGAUCUCGCAGAGAAAGUUCAAGCAUAACUCGAUCCAUCGCUCGCUGAGUGACUGUGAAUUUGAACCUUCUAAUAAGGCCCAUAGUUAGCGACCAAGUCUCGGAUCCGUAGGUCAUUACUGGCAACACGCACUGUUCGAAGACUUUCGUCUUCACUAAGGAAAUCGACGUAAAGAUGUCCUGGAGUUUCCCGAACAAUGAAGGAAUUCUACCUAUUUACCUAGGUUAGGUAUUUCACGAGUUUUAACUGCAGUACACAGAGAUCGUCUCUGGGAAUUUUCCCGUUAUUUCCCUCAACACGUCCGAGGCGUCACGUCUGUCGUAAAACGUAAUAAAAUGGACAUAAAUGGUGCAUUAGUUUCAGUUAGAAUAUCACAUAAAACCGUGGAACUUCACUGUUAAUUGUGAUAAAAGCAAGCUUUAUUGAAAGUAAUUGAAACGUUCUGGUUUUAUUUGUUCAAAUUAUUUUUUACGACCAUUCGCAGGUGGUGAUGACCUUUCUAGCACAGUUGGUUGCUGUGGUUUGUGCAGAGAGGACCUGGAUUCGAUUCCUAGGUCAGGCCGGUUUAGGAUUUUAUAUUUUCCUAUAUUUGCGUUUUUGUAUGUACGAAACGCCAUGUUUGAUCGUGUGAGAAGUAAACUUAUAAACGCACCGUUGUGUCCGACGCUUUACAACGAUUUAUAUUAAUAUUAAGUAUAAUAAUUAUUAUUAGGUUAUUAUAGUGAUUAGGAAAAUACUCAAUUAGUCCUUUUUGAAUAUUUUUAUUUAAUAAUUCAAUAAAUUUAUAUCUAUGAUAAUAGUUACAUAAUAAUUUCUUAUUAUUAAUUGUUGGAGCACAAAAUUUAUUUUAUUUGAGAUUCUAUGAAAUUAUAAUUAUUUGUAAUGCUAAAUUUGUUUUAUAUUAACGUGCUAAAGUAUGUUUUUUUAACUUAAUCAUUAAGUAUGAUAAUGUAAAACAAUAAUGUUUGUUAAGAAAUGAAUCCUCAUUGUAACAAAUAAGCUAUUUAAACUAUUUGGUAAAGCCUUAUCUCACUACUAUCUCAAUAAUCUCAUUUAGGGUGCUUUCAAAUUAACCGUCAUGUGCCUUGACUUGACAGCACAGUACUAUCCGUAUGUCAAUGCGCCAUUGUAGCACGAGUGUAACAAUCGCUAAUUACGUGCAGUGGCAUACAAAACUUUUUCUACGACCAUGAUAAAAGACAUAAAAGUUUUGCAAAAGUAAAAGUAAGCGUGGCCACCUAGAUUUGUCUCUUAUAAGGAGGCCUGAAUUUUUGUAGCCAAUGAUAUAGAACAUCAUAGAUAUGGCCAUUUAAAGAUUAAAAAAAAAUGUAGCACGUAGGAAUGAAUAGCUUUAUGAUAUGGUUUGAGGUUUUAUAUCGAGUAGAUUACGAAAUAUGAGUAGCAAAACAUGUGUUAUUCAGUGUGGAACUACUAUGUAUGUGUUAAUCAGUUGGAACUACUAUGUCGAUUAGUUUGAAUGCACCACUACAUUUUAUAAAAUAAAAGUGCAACUUAUAAAAUAAUGAUACGAUUUUGUAAAAUAAGUGUUUUCCAUCUUUUGUAGAAAUCACCGCGUUUGCCUUACAUUCCUUUGCAAAUUCCUCUGACGCCAGGACAAUAAUGUUUCAAAUACUUAAAUUGAUUGAAGUGACCUGUUUAUGUCAUUCAAUUGAUGCACUCUCACUAGCGUUUACUGAGCCAAUAAAAUUGUAACGGUAGUGAUGUUUAUGAUCAAUCCAUUUAAGAAGAUGAUGGUACGUUGCUGUAGGUGUGAUUAAAGAUUUUAACCUUUAAAAAAAUAAUAAUAAUAUUAAUCAACGACAUAUGUUGUACCUACGGUACAUAGACUGAGCGAUAAUGAUGGUCACUGUCAAUCGAUCAGAUUAUGACAGUUUGUUAAAUAAUUUCACCCCGCUUAGCACUGGCAACAACUUUCGUGCGUGUUUAUAAGAAACGUAACUAUAGCCUAUACAAUAUAUAGAAAAACGAGUAUAAAGAAUAUUACGGUCGAAUUAAGAACACAUUUACCGAGUAAAAAUUAGGGAUAUAACAAAAAGAUUUUAAAGGUUCAGUGAACGCCAGUGGAUUAAAUCCAUUCCACGGAUAACACUGCCUUACAGUAUUUUAUAGCGACUGUUGAUUAGUAAUCUCAUUUUGUGCUAAUAAUAAGAUCAGCGGACGCCUUUUUUAUUUUAAAGCGCGAAAGCCUUGUAGUAUAGUAUAGUAUUGUACGCUCGAAAGCAUAAAUAGUUAAGUAUUAUUUUACAUCACAACUUAUGUAUAAGUAUUAAUAAUUUUACGCCUUAGCUUGUUUUUUAUAUACGCUAAUUUUAUAUUUUUUUUAAUUGAAAUUAAUAUAAUUUGCUUUUUUUUUACAAAAUAAUUAUUUAGAUUUUAGACGGAUACACAUGUCCACGUAUGUGCUAUUUUGAAUCACGAGUCAUUAGUUCAAUCUAUAAAGAUGGAGCUAAGAGUCAACAAAUGAUUGAUCGACCUAAUGUGAAUCCACCUUUAACUAGUAUUAUAUAUUUUUUGGUUUACUCAAAUUUAGUCACUGGCUGGCUUUAAACAAUAUUUUUUGCUUUAACAUUGGCAAUUUUUUUUAUUAAAAUACAAUAAUUCUUUAAGAUAUAAAAUUUUGUAUAAUUAAUAUUUUAUUUAGGCUUUGACUUUUUUACAUAUUCGGUUUGAAAAUGCCAUGUAUUUAGCAUAUUGACAAUAUUUAUAGGGUAGCUAGAAAUUAAUUUUAUUUGUAGUGCAAGUAUUUAAAAUGACAAGAUUUAUAAUAAUAAUAUUUUUUACUUAAAUAAAUUAUUAUUAUUUGCAAAA